UAAACAACGGAUAAGGCCCGCCUUGCUAUCAACGACCCGUUCCCAAUCUGAAUUCGGGUCAGUAACCCGGCCCGAUACAUAUCAUUUUAGGACGGGAAAGGGAUAUCCUCUGGUUUCCAUGGUUAAUAUUCAAGUCUGCAGAAAAGGAGAAAGAAAAUAAAAUAUAUUAAAGGAAUAAUCAACCUUAAGAUUAUAAAACGGUUUAGUUUGCAAUAAAAGCUGGUUACUUUUGUUAACAAAGAUGAGAAGACAGGGACAAUAUGGUGAUCCUGGUGCCAAUGCAUAUGUUGGCAGUGCUCAGAUGCAGCACUCUGCUCAGAGAAUGGAAAACAGGACCGAAACUGAUCAUUUUCAAGGACGACUAGAGGCCUUCACUCCAGAGAGGGAGCAUCCUUAUGCCACUUCGAAAGUUGAGGGACAAUGGAGAUGGGAAAGAGGUGAAUCGAAAAUGUCAAAUCCGAUGGCAUCUCGAAUUUUCUCUGAAGGUCAAGGGGUUGAUGCAUCAAGAUCCUAUUUUCAGGGAAAGGGACCUGGGCAAGAGGCAAAACUGGCUUUAGAGAAGCAAGGCAUUGGUGAUCCUAGAUUUGGAACACAUGAUGACAAUAUGCAAAUUGGCUUUGAAGACAAACCAUUGUUACAAAGUUUUGAAGGUAUUGAGCAGAAAUUCCGCGAUGACAUUAUUAAACUAGCCAAAGAACAGAAUGAUGCUGAGGAUGCAGAAAAUGCCAGACAUAGAGAGUAUCAGGAACAACUAUCAGCACUUCGAGCCCGACAUGCCGGCCGUAGAGAUGAGUUCCUCCGCAAAGAAUCACAUGCCCGACAGCAUCAGUAUCAGCAGUCCAUGACAGACCAUUUCCCCGACAGUCGCAUGGGCCCUGGAGAUCCGCAUGGUUAUAAUGGAAGUGCACCCUCAGCUGUCAUUAAUGAUAAUCAUCGAGCCUAUAAUACUGAUCAAUUUGAAUCAUAUGGGGAGCGGACUCGAUUUCUUGGGAAUUCCAAGGACCAAGGAUUUGAGCCUAGAUGUUUGUAUCACGGUGGCCGUGUUUAUGAUACUGGUCCACGCUAUUACUAAUUGAUAGGCACAAAUUAGUUUUGCAUUUUGCUGCUACUCCCUCUCCCACUGCCUUGGUAGGUAGUUUGUUAUACGUAUAUUUUAAAGCUGUAGUUCUUGUUUAUCUAUCUGCAGCCUUACCGUAUGCUAGUUCUUCCUGUUUAAAUAUGAGGUAUAAGAUUUUUAGCUAGCCUGGUUUUUUUACAUGUUUUCACUUUUCAAUUGUUACUGCUGAGUUUUCAGAA